AUGGAGACGAGGCGGCGGGAGGGGAAGUGGGAGGGUGGGGGUGGGGAGCCGCGGGCCGGGCCCGGGCGUGCCGCGGGCCCGCGCGGCGGCGGACCUUACCUGUCUGGAGCUCUGGACGGCCGGCUGGCUCCGAGCGGGGCGCGGGGACCCGGCGCCUCCGGGGGGCGGCGGCGGCCGCUCCCCCGCCCCCCGCUCCUCUUCCCGCUUCAGUCGCCGCCGCGACGCCGGCGGCGGCGGCCCCGACCCGCUCGGAGGGCGGCCCCCAUCCCCCUCUCCCCCGCCCUGGCCCCGAUCGCCCGCGGACCCCGAGCAAAUCCCGCUCCGGGUUCCCGCUCAGCCCCUCCCCGGGCCGCGCCGCCCGCCCCGCCGCUCCGCUCCGCUCGCCCCCGCGGCCCUCCGCGCCGCUCCGCCCGGCUGCCCGCCGCCGCCGCCCGCGCCCGCCUCGCGCGGCCCGCACUCGCCUACCCGCGGCCCCCGCGGAGGCCUCCGCCCGCGGCCCCCGCCCCUUCCCGGGCGGCCGGCUCGCUCGCCCCCUCCCGCCCUCCCCGCGGCCAGCGGCGCCCCCACUGGGUCGCGGCCCCCGGCGCCGGCCCGACCCCGGGCUGCGGGCGGGCUGCGCGGCGCGUCCGGCGACUCGCAGCCUCUGACACUGUCAGUCUGCCAGCCAUUCCCAGUCUUCAGCCUCGAAGCCAGCACCCCCAGCAGUCCAGCACCAGUGUCUUCUGGGCUGGCUCCCUGGCCCCUCACUAA